GAUUGCGACAGAAGAUCCGGUGUGACAGCAUAUCACGUUACGACAACACAGGCCUUCCGGUUGUAUUUAGCGGAGCGGUUGUUUUUUUUAAUAACGCUCACGUUAUCAUUUAAGUUGCUUGCUAGGCCAGUAUCUGUUCAAAUAUACAAUGGGGAUUGAGGACGAAGCGGACCGGACGCUCUUCAUUAGAAAUUUAGAUUCAAGAGUGACGGAGGAGCUUUUGUUCGAGCUGUUUAUACAGGCGGGACCUCUGACCAAAACUAAGAUUCCAAAAGAUGCGGAUGGGAAACAGAAAACAUUUGGUUUUGCCGUCUACAAACAUGAAGUGUCUGUGCCAUAUGCCAUGCAGCUCCUGGACGGGACAUCGGUGCACGGGAGAACCCUUCACGUGCAGUUCAGAUCGGGGAGCAGUCAUAGCAACAGUCCAGGGAACUCACAGAAUACAAGUCCGGCAAAUACCCCAAAUCCGCACGGGCAGAGGACCCCGGUCCACUUCAGCUCUCCACCAUACACUCCUCCACCCCAAAUGAACAGGUCCCUUUCAUCUCCCGACAGUCUGCAGAAGCAUGUCAUGAUGAACAACAUGAUGUGGCAGAUCCAGAUGCAGCAGAUUGAGCAGUUAAAUGGCGGUUUCUCCAAGCCUGUGCAGAGGCAGCCGUCGGCGGGGGGGAAUGCGGGAGGAGGCGGGGGCUCCCGUCACCAUGACAACGCCCCCUACCGCCACCCGGCCCAGAUGCAGGGCGGCGGCAGAAACCAGCGCUACGGAGAGGAACCAACUACCGGUCGUCACCAGCAACAAGGCCGGGACAACUAUCCGCAACAAGACAGGAGCGGUAAUCGUCACGGUGACAGCAGAGGUGGCAAAAGACACCAUGAAGAUAAGAGCGGAAACCGUGGCAACCAAGAUAAUAGAUGGCGACGGUACUGAGACAUGCAAAGGACUUCUGUAGAGACUUGACACAUUUAUGGACAACUUCCACACAAAAAAGAGAUCAUGGCUUUUGUUGACAUUCACAUGUAUACUCAGGUUGUUUGUUCAUGAUUCCACCACUCUGAAGAUUUGGUAACUUAUGCCUUAGAGACAUUUUUGUUUACUUUUUAAGGUGUUUUUAAACUUCUACUUUCAUGUGAGUUUGUCCUCACAGAAAAUAUUUUGAGCUGUAUUGAUGGAGAGCAAGGAAAUGUUAUUGGACACGACUCGUCAUUUUAGAUGAUCGAGAUAAAAAAAAAAACACAUGUAUAGAAAAAGAUUUGCAAUAUUGGACAGUUUAUGUUAUGCAAAAACCAUUCAGAUGGUGCUGCAAUUCUUCAGGUAUUUUGUAAAAUACGACAGCUAAAGAUUCCACCAGCACCAGUUUUACAAUAAUAGGGCACCAUCCUUUUUUAAUGUUGGAUCUGUUGACCAUGCUCUUUAUAAAAAACAAAAGAGCUUUAUUUAAUUUUUUUAUUCUGAGUCUGUAAGACGAACUGUUUUAAAAAUGUCCAUUACUAUAAAGCUCCUUUCAUUUGA